AUGCUGCUGAUCGCUGUCUUGGCUCGAUCCACAGAAUCUCUCAGUCUGAGCAGCAGCAGCAGCAGCAGCAGCAGCAGCAGCAGCAGCAGCAGCAGCAGCAGCGGAGGAGGGACAGAGAAACGUAUCGAUGGAUUUUCCGGCUUAGGUCGGGCAACUGUUGCUGCAGCAGCAGCAGCAACAGCAGCAGCAACAACACAGCAACAGCAACAGCAGCAACAGCAGCAGCAGCAACAGCAGCAGCAGCAACAGCAGCAGCAGCAGCAGCAGCAGCAGCAGCAGCAGACCUGCUAG